AUGUUUUUGAAUAUUGUGAAAGGCCCUCUUCCUAAUAUAGUCAUGGAUAUAGACAAGGAUGAGCUUACCGUAGCUGAAGUAGCAGAAAAUUAUAAAUUAGAUGCGAAUAAAAUCCUCUUAUGCACACCUAAAUUUAGAAUUUUACUCAAGCCUACGGAUAAACUCUUCGAAAUCGAAAAAAACUUACGACUAACUAUCAGGCCACAAAGAUAUCCCCCUGCUCCUUAUCAUCUAAGAGAACUUGGUCCAAAUGAACAAACAUACAUCUCAAUUCCAGUAGAAAUUAAAACGCAGUCCGAUGUUGAAUUUCCAAACAUGGUAAUCGAUUUAACGAAAGCGGAGGCUGAAUCAUUAACAGCUCGUUCAUUAUUAGGAAAAUGCUCUCAACUCUUUGGCUACGAUUGCAGUCAACAGACAAUCUCAGAAAAUGGCACACAAUUAGAUGAGAAGACAAUAAUCAAGACAAAUCCUGAACAUUUGGCGAAAAAUAGUUAUCUUUACUCCUGCAACCUUUCUAAGUCUGCCAUUCAUCCAAUAAAGCAUCGUAUCAACCUUUGCCAGCAAAUUGUCGAUUCAGAAGCUUUCUACAUCGAAACAUUGAAGACGAUGUUGACUUAUUGGCAGCCCCAGAUCAAGUCAGCGGGAUAUUUCAAUGACGAAGUUGGAAAUGAACUGUUCAAGAACGUUUCUUCGAUGAUUGGAGCUCACCAGAUGUUUUUAGAACAGUUGAAACAGCAAAAGAUUUCAUUUAAGCAAACAAUCUGCGAAACAUUCCUCAACUUCGUUCCUUACUUCAAAGUAUCAUCUGCUUUCGUCUCAAAUUACCAGGCAAACGACGCAUACAUAUUAAAUAAAUUAAAAUCACGUUCGAUGACGAAAGCCUUCCAAGAAUUACAAGACAAAUGCCCAGAUAAAUCUGGCCGUUCAUUUGCUCAGUUCUACGUCGCUCCUGUCCAAAGAUAUCCGAAAUAUACUCUUUUACUUCGCGAUCUUGACAAGAGAACACCAAGAUUCCAUCCAGACAAAGACUUACUCCCUACAACCCUUGAAGCUCUCACAACUGUCAACGGUUCGUUCAAUUCCAGCACAUUUAUGAUGAAAAUGACAUAUGUGAUGAACCAGCUUCAAAAAGAGAUCGGCAAUUCGUACAAGAUCCUUAUCCCCCGUCGCCAACUCCUCAUGCAAUGCGAAGUUAAAAUUAUUUCGAUUGCAGCUAGUUCGGGAAAGGGAUUUAUCAACUUAUUCAACGAUAUCCUUCUUAUUACCGAUAAGCACAAGAAGAAUCAAGAGGUUCUUUUAUUCCAAAACCUUGAGAACCUUCAUUUCAGACAACAAGGUGACGCUUUAGUUAUUAUUGGUACAUCAGAGAUCCAUAUUACGUUCAAGGAUUCAGAAGAAAGUGCUUCCUUCUACGAAAAGCUCCUCCAACAGAUAAAUGUCUGUUUCUCAAACAUCGAUUGCAAGGAACCGUUCGCUACAUGGCGUUUGGGAACCGACAGUCCUGUCCAGGUAUGGCUCCACGCUGGCUGCAUCGUAAAUGGAAGAGCUCUCUACUUCGGCGGACGAAAUGGGAACUUGAUGUUGUCCACGAACUUCCUCAAAUUCAAUAUCGACACCAACCAUUGGACAAUCGAAGAGAACUGCCCUGUUCCGCCAAGGUUUGGCCAUACUUUCGUCGCAUGUGGCGAAUGCGCUUACGUUUGCUGUGGCAAAUUGCUAUCGGCCAUGGCCAGCGAUAUCUGGAAAUUCGACCAGAUCACGGGUGUUUGGUCGAAAGUUAAGGACGAGUUACCUGAACAUGCGAGAUUUGGCCAUUCCUGUGUUUCAUGGGGUUCCAAGCUGAUUAUCUUCGGCGGAAUGACUCCUGGACAACAGAUCUCCAACUCUCUGUUCAUUUUCGAAACAGAUACAAACAGAUUUUACGAAUGUUUGACAGAGAACCCUCCACCAGGCAGAUUCAUGCACAGCGCGUUCAUCAAUGACCAGGAACAGAUGGUAAUCAUGUACGGAAACUCCAAGAAGAGACUUGCGAACGAGAUCGACAUUUUAGAUCUGAAAACAAUGAAAUGGUUCUACAUUCCGAUCUCUGUUGACAGGGAAUUCUCCGGCAUGAACUUUUCUGUCUUCAAACACGGCAGAUUCGCUUAUUUCAUCGGUGGAACAUCAGGAACAAACACUGUUCCUCUCCACGCUCUUGAUUUGAAGACAUACAAGAUUGUUGAGAUGAAAGAGUACGGAAAUCCACCACGCGCUGUUGUCAACUCUGCCUGUGUUUUGUACCAAGGAGAGAUUUUGAUAUUUGGAGGCAGAGAAUCUCCACUUGGAGGCAGUGUUUUGAACACUCUCUGCUACUUAAAUGUCGCUGCAGGAGAGAAAGAUUUACCUGUUACUAAUUAUCAGUUACAAGAGAGAAAGGUUGAAUUCACUGAAGAAGAACUCAAGAGAAGAGAGGAGUUGAGAAAAGAACAGAAACAAAGAGAAGAAGAAGACAACAGAAACAAAUCAUCAGAAGUCGACGAAAAGAAGAAACAAAUGGAAGAAGAAGAGAGAAAGAAGAAAGAAAAGAGAAAGAAGAAAGAAGAGAGAAAGAAGAAAGAAGAGAGAAAGAAGAAAGAAGAGGAAGAAAAGAAACAAAAAGAAGAACAAGAAAGACUUGCAAAAGAAGAGGCAGAGAGAAAACAAAAAGAAGAACAAGAAAGACUUGCAAAAGAAGAGGCAGAGAGAAAACAAAAGGAGGAAGAAGAGAGAAAACAAAAGGAAGAAGAAGAGAGAAAACAAAAGGAGGAAGAAGAAAGAAAAUUAAAGGAGGAACAAGAAAGAAAAGCUGCAGAAGAAAAGAAAGCUAAAGAAGAAGCUGAGAGAAAGGCUAAAGAAGAACAAGAAAGGAAAGCUGAAGAAGAGAGAAAGAAGAAAGAAGAGGAAGAAAGACUUGAAAGAGAAAGAAAAGAGAGAGAAGAACAAGAAAAGAAAGCCAAAGAAGAGGCAGAGAGAAUUGCAAAGUUAGAGGCUGAAAAGAAGGCAGAAGAAGAAAGAAAAGCCAAAGAAGAAGAAGAGAGAAAAGCCAAAGAAGAAGAGGAAAGAAAGAAGAAAGAGGAGCAAGAAAGACUUGCAAAAGAAAAGGAAGAAGCAGAAAGAAAAGCUGCAGAGGAAAAGAAAGCUAAAGAAGAACAAGAAAGAAAAGAAAAGGAAGAAGCAGAAAGAAAACAAAGAGAAGAACAGGAAAGACUUGCAAAGGAAGAGGCAGAAAAGAAGGCUUUAGAAGAAAAGAAAGCCAAGGAAGAACAAGAAAGAAAACAAAAAGAAGAAGCCGAGAGAAAGGCUAAGGAAGAAGCAGAAAAACUUGCAAAGUUAGAAGCUGAAAAGAAGGCCAAAGAAGAACAAGAAAAGAAGGCCAAAGAAGAAGCGGAAAGAAAACAAAAAGAAGAAGCGGAAAGAAAACAAAAAGAAGAAGCAGAAAAGAAGGCUUUGGAAGAAAAGAAGAAAGCAGCAGAAGAGAAGAAGAAGAAAGAAGAGGAAGAGAGAAAGAAGAAAGAGGAAGAAGAGAAGAAGAAUUCAGAAAAAGAAGGACCAGUUUCACAAGGCAAAGUCUUGGAAUCAAGACAAUCCAAACAAAAACAAAACGAACUUCACCUUCAGAAACAGAGAUCACAGGACGUAUUCCAAUACAGUCAGAAACAAACACUCGAGGAAUUCAUCGAACUCCAGAACAAGAAACAGUCGAGAAAGAUCACUUUCGUCAACAUGGAAGGCGUAAACCAGUUCGUUUUCCUCUCAGGAAUCGAAUCUCCUCAAAUCAAUCCACAGACAAUUUCCAAGGAAAUCUCUUUGGAAGACCUCGGAGACCAGUACAUCGAGAACUCCUUCUACAACCUCAUCAGCGUUGAUCCGCAGUACUUGACUGUCAGUUCCAAAGUCAUCACAUCGAGAAAGGCAAGAAGAUUGUGGCAGACAAUGGUUUCUGUCAGAACUCUCGAGAAAGACAUCGAGGAAUUGAACAAACUGCAGAACGUGGAAGUUCCAAAGGGAACUAAGUUCUUCGCAAAGGUUUUGCAGCAAGGAAAACUCGCAAGAGUUGUGAAAUUCACUGUCGGAGAUGACGUCGAAUCCAUCAAAAAGAGUGUUGAAAAUGAGGUCAAAUUCUCAAAGAUUUCUUUGAUGAAAAAAGGAGAAAUUGUUGAGUUGUCAGCAGAGAACUUGCAUGAUGCUAUUAAAUGUGCGGUUGGUGUUCAGAGAUCAGAUAUCAAGUUACAAAUCGAAUAA